GUCACUCCUUCAUAUCACCGUCUCUGUCACUCUAGACUCUCUCCGAUAAUAUCCUUUCCUUAAUAAUAAAAUAUCUCAUCCUUAUCCGUUGUAAUUGUAACCAGUAUCAUCCGCUUCGCUCUUUUUUGUAUACAUCUCUGAAUAUCCUUGCUCUAUAGUCACCAUUCGCUAAUCACAGUCCGGCAGAGUUCCCGGAGAAGAUGAUAAGAUCCGUGCCCGGCGAUCUUUUCCUUUACAGUCCGAGGUCGGCGAUCUGCUGCUCGUCGAGAAGCAAUGCGUACAUACCGAAGCUCGAGCCGUUCAGCCGAACCAAGCUCGACAGAGCCGUGAAGGAGCCUCCGUUGAUCCAGAAAACCGAAAGCCAGCUCGCAGAUUACUGUUCGACGCUUGAGGGAGACGCUUCGUAUGGCUGCUGGAGAGCCUACUUCGAACUUAAAGAUCUUGAAAAGCAGUUUCCAAAAGAUGAGGUGGAGAAGCUGAUCAUUCAAACGGGCGGUGUAAAAUCUCUGGUGGGCUGCCUGCAUGGAAUCGCAGCAAUUCACCAGAGGAAGAAGGAAAGCAACGGAUCCAUCAAGACGCCCAACGGAGAGGCGACGGCAGAGCGACACUUCCAUGUGCCGGACGGGCUGCCAAAAUCGGCAGAAGAGCUCGAAGAAGAGGAGAAAGCUCGAAUGCCAGAUUCGCCCUUCACCAGGCUGCUCAGAACCAAAGGAAAGUUCCCUGCUUGGUACUCUCCUGCUCCUGACCAUGAAACAGAUUAAUCUAUACAUACACAUCCCCAUUGAUUGUUAUGUUAAUAUUGUUAUAUAUGGGAUUUUGUUCUGAUCUUCUGUGUUCGAUAGAUGUUUUGAAUUGUGUGGUGAUCAGAGAACUGGACGGCGAUUGUGUAAAACUUGUUAUUGACAUAAAACCUUCCAGACACAGUGUCUUCUGGACAGUGUGGUUCUGUGGCAGGAAAGUUACAAGUUUGGGUUUUGAAACCA